CGCGAGAAUCUAUGGGAUCAGUGUUCCAUGCGUGAGGAAUCGGACAUUUCCAGCAACCCGUCGGAGAUCUCAGAGCUCAGAAUGCCGACCUGCAAUAGAGAAGGACUCAUCCCCCGCGUCAAAUACAUGUGGACGAGGCAAAACGCCACCGUCAAGUACGGCGUCAUCGUCCUGCUCAUCGCGAUGGUCAUCGCGUCGUCGUACGUCUACUACGACGAGAUCGUGAGCCUCUUCGAGACGGAGGUCAUAAGCACCCGCGCCAGGAGGAAGAUCAAGAAGAAGGCGGAGUGCCCGGCCAAGGCGGGGACCAAUCGGGGUUCCGCUUGGGCUAUUGGAUUCAGUUGAUCGGAACAGGAAGUUACGUUUGCCCCCACAAAAUUGUCGUUCGAAAUGCCGGGCAAUGUGAAAUCACGUGGUGCGCCUGAACCUUUUUUCGACUAGAAUUAUCAAAAUGAAGGCGCAUUUUAAAUGUAGAAACGGACUCUACCCCGGCUCCGCCGUCCAGCGCGCCGUGGUCCCCGACGAAAAAGUCUGCUGGAGCGUGGAAUGGCCCGAAUACAAACCGGUCCCGUACACGUCUCCCAAAGCAACGAACCAACCCUGGGCCGAUCCGGACCUCUCAGAACCAAGUUUCAAGCCCACGUGGAACCAACUGGACGGUGAUGUCAACCGGAAAAGUUUCACGGGCGAAUACGCCAUCGCGGAAAAAGCACCCUUGAACCCUGUCGGGAGGACCGGUAUCGUGGGGCGGGGGUUGCUCGGGAGGUGGGGCCCGAACCACGCCGCAGACCCGAUCGUGACCAAGUGGAAAAGGGACGCCAGUGGUAUCGUAGCCACGAGCGGCGGGAAGAAGAUCCUCCAGGUCGUUCUCAUUCAAAGACGGGACUGUGGGGAAUGGGCCAUCCCUGGAGGGAUGGUCGACCCUGGCGAGAACGUCUCGCGCACCCUGAAGAGGGAAUUCAUGGAGGAAGCCCUGGAUUCCUUGACCAAGUCGGACGAAGAGAAGAGCAAACUCGAGAAACAGCUCAACUCGUUUUUUGCCGGCGGUGACGUCUUGUAUCGAGGCUACGUGGACGAUCCGCGCAACACGGAUAAUUCGUGGAUGGAAACGGUCGCGAUGAAUUUCCACGAUGAGACCGGUGAGAUCAUCGAUGCCGUCCCGUUGACCGCUGGUGAUGAUGCUGUUGGGGUCACGUGGAGAGACCUCUGUAGCAGUCAGCCGCUCUAUGCUAGUCAUUCAUCUCUUUUGGAAACAGUUGCUAAGAAGUUCGAUGCCUUCUGGUGAAUCGUCAAUCGUUAUAAAUCGUCCUUUCGCGAUUUUAACGAUGUGCGACGUUUCAUUCUGUCCAGUUAGUUUCGCUGUUGACAGAAAUGCAACGAAGAAUCUCCCACCCUCUUAUCACGCACAUCCCAGUCACCCUUAGCAUGGUGCAAGAAAGACUUAAAUGUCAAAGUUACCUGGUGAUAUUAACGGAUAUCUAUUUUUUACCGUAGUUCCUAGAGCACUUAAUACACACUAUCCUUUUUUGUUCCCUUUAACAGCAAAUUUUUACAACUUUAACUUUUUACAUUUAAGUUGAAGAAUGAUCACCGAUUUCAUCCCCUGUUUUCAUGAAUUGUUUUAGACUCAUUGUAGAAAAUAGCAAAGUCAGAAAUGUGUAAAUAUUUCUUUUCCUCUAUCAUGUAAUCCCAAUGAAAAAACAAAAAACACCAAAAUCCCCCCCCCUCCCUUUAAUCUGAGCUUAUAACUGUUAUAAACUAACCUUUCUCGCAAAAUUUUCCAGAGCGACCAAUCGGACAGUCGCACUCAUAAUGCUCGAUUAGUGGUACACACGUCGACCCUGACGAGCAAUUAUGUCUCGUGAAAUCGCACAAAUUAUACCGAUGUGAGCAUAAUGGUCCAAACCAGCCAUCCGGACAAAGACACCUGAAAAUUCACGAAAGUUUUGUAAUGCUUUCAGUUUUGAAAAUGAUUAUCAUGAUACUCAUUUCUUUGUAGUCAGUAAAUAUUUUUCUAUUACAAUAACAAUUGGUUAUCGUUAAUUUUAGUAGCAAAUUGUGAUCUUCAAAAGUAAACGAAAUAUUCAUAUCCAAAUAAAAAAAAUACAUUCCCGAA